GGCAGCUCUUUCCCUGGGCCUUUUUUCUGUGUGACAACCUCAAGGAACUAGCAGAAUGGCUGCAAACAAGAAUAAGAGCCAGAGCUCAUUGGCCCUUCACAAAGUGAUCAUGGUUGGCAGCGGAGGAGUUGGCAAGUCAGCCCUGACGCUUCAGUUCAUGUACGACGAGUUUGUCGAAGACUAUGAACCUACCAAAGCUGACAGCUAUAGAAAGAAGGUGGUCCUCGAUGGUGAAGAAGUUCAGAUAGAUAUUCUGGACACUGCUGGGCAGGAGGACUAUGCAGCCAUUCGAGACAACUACUUUCGGAGUGGAGAAGGUUUUCUCUUGGUCUUCUCAAUCACAGAACAUGAGUCCUUUACAGCAACGGCCGAGUUCAGGGAGCAGAUUCUACGUGUUAAGGCUGAAGAAGAUAAAAUUCCUCUACUCGUGGUGGGAAACAAGUCUGACUUGGAAGAGCGAAGACAAGUGCCUAUCGAUGAGGCCAGGAGCAAAGCUGAAGUGUGGGGUGUGCAGUAUGUGGAGACAUCAGCCAAAACCCGUGCCAACGUGGACAAGGUUUUCUUUGACCUAAUGAGAGAAAUCAGAGCAAAGAAGGUAUCAGAAAACAAAGACAAAAAUGGCAAGAAAAGCAGCAAGAACAAGAAAAGUUUUAAAGAAAGAUGCUGUUUACUGUGA